AGCAACGAGGCACAACAAGGGACUUGGGGUUCGUCUGCUGGGUUUGCGGAGCAGCUAGCUACUCGGCGGGAUCUCCCGGCAGGAUGGGUAAAAAGAUAAAGAAGGAAGUAGAGCCUCCUCCUAAGGAUGUGAAAUGAAAUAAAACUCUCAAGAAGUCCUGGGUGACGUGACAUGGCGCUCCCAGAUGGUGGCUUUAGUGAGAACUAUUUUGUUUGACCCAUUAAUUAUUGAAAGCAAAAAAGCAGCAACUGUGGUGUUAAUGCUUAAUUCUCCAGAAGAGGAAAUUUUGGCUAAAGCAUGUGAAGCCAUUUAUAAAUUUGCUUUAAAAGGUGAGGAAAAUAAAACAACCCUCCUUGAACUUGGAGCUGUGGAACCUUUAACUAAGCUACUCACCCAUGAAGACAAAAUUGUAAGAAGAAAUGCUACUAUGAUAUUUGGAAUCCUGGCUUCUAAUAAUGACGUUAAAAAAUUGUUAAGGGAGUUAGAUGUCAUGAAUUCUGUCAUUGCCCAGCUUGCUCCAGAAGAAGAAGUAGUUAUCCAUGAGUUUGCUAGUCUUUGUCUAGCAAACAUGUCUGCAGAGUACACCAGUAAAGUGCAAAUAUUUGAACAUGGGGGAUUAGAGCCACUCAUCAGACUACUGAGUAGCCCCGACCCGGAUGUAAAGAAGAACUCUAUGGAAUGCAUUUACAACUUGGUGCAGGAUUUUCAGUGUCGAGCUAAACUUCAAGAACUAAAUGCAAUACCUCCUAUCUUAGAUCUCUUGAAGUCAGAAUAUCCGGUGAUUCAGUUGUUGGCUCUCAAAACCUUAGGUGUUAUUACAAAUGAUAAGGAGUCUCGAAUAAUGCUAAGAGACAAUCAAGGAUUGGACCAUCUUAUUAAGAUCCUAGAAACUAAGGAAUUGAAUGACCUUCAUAUAGAAGCACUUGCAGUGAUAGCCAAUUGCCUUGAAGACAUGGAUACUGUGGUGCAGAUUCAGCAGACAGGGGGUCUUAAAAAGCUCCUGUCAUUUGCAGAAAACUCUACAAUUCCUGAUAUUCAGAAGAAUGCAGCAAAAGCCAUUACUAAAGCAGCUUAUGAUCCUGAAAAUAGAAAACUUUUUCAUGAACAAGAGGUUGAAAAGUGCCUUGUAGCCCUUUUGGGUUCUGAAAAUGAUGGAACUAAAAUUGCUGCUUCCCAAGCUAUUUCAGCAAUGUGUGAGAAUUCAGGCAGCAAAGAUUUUUUCAAUAAUCAGGGGAUUCCACAGUUAAUUCAGUUGCUAAAAAGUGACAAUGAAGAGGUAUGGGAAGCGGCAGCUCUAGCCCUGGCACACCUAACGACUUGCAACCCUGCUAAUGCAAACGCUGCUGCUGAAGCUGAUGGUAUUGAUCCAUUAAUAAACGUCCUGUCUAGUAAACGAGAUGGAGCCAUUGCCAACGCUGCUACAGUAUUAACGAACAUGGCCAUGCAGGAGCCCCUGCGCCUGAACAUACAGAAUCACGACAUCAUGCAUGCCAUCAUCAGCCCACUGCGUUCUGCAAACACAGUCGUGCAGAGCAAAGCUGCUCUCGCUGUCACCGCAACUGCGUGUGACGUUGAAGCCCGGACUGAGUUAAGAAAUUCUGGUGGAUUGGAGCCCCUGGUAGAGCUGCUACGCUCCAAGAAUGAUGAAGUGAGGAAGCACGCCAGUUGGGCAGUGAUGGUCUGUGCUGGUGACGAGCUGACGGCCAAUGAACUAUGCAGGCUCGGGGCUUUAGAUAUCCUUGAAGAAGUAAACGUAUCAGGAACUCGGAAAAAUAAAUUCAGUGAGGCAGCUUAUAAUAAGUUGCUCAAUAACAAUCUUUCCCUGAAAUACAGCCAGACUGGCUAUUUGUCAUCAAGUAACAUAAUUAACGAUGGAUUCUAUGAUUAUGGUCGGAUAAAUCCCGGCACCAAACUGUUGCCUUUGAAGGAGCUCUGCUUACAAGAACCAAGUGACCUACGGGCUGUACUCUUAAUCAACAGUAAAUCUUACGUUUCUCCACCUUCAUCUAUGGAAGAUAAAUCAGAUGUUGGUUAUGGACGAAGUAUUUCUUCUUCAUCUUCCUUAAGAAGAUCAAGUAAAGAAAAGAACAAAAAAAAUAGUUAUCAUUUUAGUGCUGGAUUUGGAUCUCCCAUAGAAGACAAGUCAGAGCCAGCUUCUGGACGAAAUACUGUUCUCAGCAAAAGCGCCACCAAAGAAAAAGGAUGGAGGAAAAGCAAAGGAAAAAAAGAAGAGGAAAAAGUGAAAGAGGAGGAAGAGGUUAUGGUGGUACCAAAAUUUGUUGGUGAAGGAAGCUCUGAGAAAGAAUGGUGUCCUCCCUCUGACCCUGAUUUCUCUAUGUAUGUGUAUGAGGUGACCAAAUCAAUACUGCCAAUAACCAAUAUUAAGGAACAGAUUGAGGAUCUGGCAAAGUAUGUGGCAGAAAAAAUGGGUGGUAAGAUUCCAAAAGAGAAACUACCUGAUUUCAGCUGGGAACUUCACAUAAGUGAACUGAAAUUUCAACUUAAAUCCAAUGUUAUACCGAUUGGACAUGUCAAAAAAGGAAUCUUCUACCAUCGAGCUUUGCUUUUCAAGGCUCUGGCUGAUAGAAUUGGCAUUGGUUGCUCCCUAGUUCGCGGAGAGUACGGUAGAGCGUGGAAUGAAGUCAUGCUGCAGAAUGACUCUCGGAAGGGAGUGAUUGGGGGCCUCCCCGCUCCUGAGAUGUACGUGAUUGACCUCAUGUUCCAUCCAGGUGGACUGAUGAAGUUGAGAAGUCGAGAGGCUGAUCUUUACAGAUUCCUUUAAGCCAUCAGACGAACACAAGAGAGGCUCAAACAAGAAAUUCACUGUGUACACUCUCUAAGACAUUCUCCAAAUUGAUUUUAUCUCUUUAAAUAAAAACUUUAAAUAAAA